AUGUCGAAGGAUGUGCUCGCCGACAUCCCCGCCGGCGAGGCACCGGCGAAACGCGCGCCCCUCAACAAGUACGCCCUCGCCUGCGCCAUUCUCGCCUCCAUGAACUCCAUCCUCCUCGGCUAUGAUGUCUCGGUGAUGAGCGGCGCGCAGAUAUUCAUGAAGAGGGACCUGCACAUCACGGACACGCAGAUCGAGGUCCUCGCCGGCAUCAUCAACAUCUUCUCGCUCGUCGGCUCGCUCGCGGCGGGCCGCACGUCCGACUGGAUCGGCCGGCGCUACACCAUGGUCCUCGCGUCGGUCAUCUUCUUCGCGGGCGCGCUCAUCAUGGGCCUCGCCCCGGGCUACGCGGUCCUCAUGCUCGGCCGCUUCGUCGCCGGCGUCGGCGUCGGCUACGCGCUCAUGAUCGCGCCGGUGUACACGGCCGAGGUCGCCCCCACCUCCGCCCGCGGCCUGCUCACGUCCUUCCCGGAGGUGUUCAUAAACACCGGGGUGCUCCUCGGCUACAUCUCCAACUACGCCUUCCACGGCCUGCCCGUGCACCUCAGCUGGCGCGCCAUGUUCCUCGCCGGCCCCGUGCCGCCGGUCUUCCUCGCUGUUGGCGUGCUCUCCAUGCCGGAGUCGCCGCGGUGGCUCGUCAUGCAGGGCCGCAUCGGGGACGCGCGCCGCGGGUGCGCGCUCGGCACGGCGAUGAACCGGAUCAUGAGCGGAGCCAUCACCAUGUCCUUCUACUCGCUCUCCCACAAGAUCACGCUCGCCGGGAACUUCUACCUCUACGCCAGCAUAGCUGCCGCCGGGUGGGUGUUCAUGUACUGCUUCCUGCCGGAGACGAGGGGCCGGGGCCUGGAGGACACCGAGAAGCUCUUCGGUGGUGGCGAUGGCGUGGAGAAGGAAGACGGCCAUGGGCAUGCCAAGUCCACGGAGUUGACUACUCAGUAG